ACCGGUUUCAACACACCCCCACACAUCAAUUCAGAGCCCUCCAAAAGGGAAGCAACAUCGCACUCAUGUAGAUGUAACACUUGUUGGGCAGGCACAUAUAAUCUCUCUCUCUCUCUCUCUCUUUCUCUCCCCAAAAGUUGCACUGGCAUGGUGAAAUGGCCGAUCAAAGUGGUGGUGGUGGCAACAACGCGAUGAUGAGGGACUACAGGAAAGGGAACUGGAAUGUGAACGAGACCAUGAUACUGAUUGAGGCGAAGAAGAUGGACGACGAGAGGCGGACAAAGCGGAGCGAGGAGAGCGGCGAAGGAGUAGGGGGAGGGGCCGGAAGAGGCGGGGCCAAGCCCUCGGAGCCGAGGUGGAAGUGGGUGGAGGACUACUGCUGGAGGAGGGGGUGCUGCAGGAGCCAGAACCAGUGCAACGAUAAGUGGGACAACCUAAUGAGGGACUACAAGAAGGUGAGGGAAUACGAGAGGCGGAGGACUGGCGAGGAGGAGGAAGUGGCCUCGUAUUGGAAGAUCGAGAAGAGCGAGAGGAAGGAGAGGAACCUGCCCACCAACAUGAUGCCGCAGAUAUACGAGGCCUUGGUGGAUGUGGUGGAGAGGAGAGCAGGAGGAGGAGGAGGAGGAGCAGGAGGAGCAGGAGGAGCAGGAGGAUCUCAGAGGGCCACUGCCGCUGCUUCCGCCUCCAUCACCGCCUAUUCUAUCGGCCACCCGAAUCCCGACGUCAUCGUUAGCACUGGUUAUGUGGUGGAAACGCCCAUUCAGCCUCCGUUGCCUCCGCAGCAGCAUGUAUUGCCGGGCCCCAUCGUGCCGGCAUUACCUCCUCCUUCUCAGACGCCGGAGGCUCCGCCUCAGCUGCCUUCCGCUGCCGCUUCUCAGCCAUUUCCAUCACCAGAAUCCGAACCGAGCGAGCAUUCAGACACGCCGGCUAAGAGGCGGAGGAGAGGCGGAGAUCGUGGUGGAGCAGCGAGCGAGGAUCGCCACGAGCCGGGUGACGUGGGGACCGCGAUCUCAAGGAGCGCCUCCAUCAUAGCGGAAGCGCUCCAGGCCUGCGACGAGCGAGAAGAGCGACGGCACAGAGACCUGGUAGGCCUCCACGAGAGGAGGCUCAAGCUUGAGGAGUCCAAGACGGAGAUCAACCGACAAGGCAUCGAUGGCCUUGUGAGCGCCAUCGACAAGCUCGCCAAUUCCAUCCACGCUCUAGCUUCCAGUAGUAAGAAUCAAUCCUCCUCAUGAGGCAGCCCGCAUUCAAAUCCGGUUCUGUACAAAAAAUCACAAAAUGUUGGAUGAUCAUCCUCGAUUGAUGAUGAUGACGACGACGACGACGACGACGAUGACGAUGAUCCCAUCACUCCAUUUCAUUAUUGAUGGCUAUUAGUCUGGUUUCAUAUGUAAACAUUUUUGUUUUCCUAAUAUGAACGAA